UCACGAUUUUUGAUAAAAUAGUUUUCAUUUUUGAUGGUCAAUAUUAAAAAUAUAACUCAUUUCAUGUUGAGAGCCAAAAUGUUGACCUUUUGAAUGCAAGAAUAAAAGCAAUAUUUUAGCCUUAAAUAUGUGUUAUGUAAACAAAGACUCGAGUCUUUUUAUGUAUACAAACAAACAAGUGAAAUAUUGAUUUUGUAAUAUAAAGCAUCUUAAUUUUGCAUAGUCACAAAUUUUAACCUUUAGAUGACACAUUUACCCCAAAAAUGCUUGAAAUGUAAAAUAUAUAAUAAUCUUGGAUCGGUAUCCAUUUCUUUUGAACAUUUCGUAAACAAUAAUAUACCGCAGUCUUUGUUUACAAAACAAAUAAUAAACUCUCUAAAAGGAGCUUCUGUGAUAAUGUACAACCUUAAUUUUUAUGUAAACUCUUCUAAACACAAUAGACAGUAGAUUUUGUUCAUUAAAAGUGAAAAAGAAACUUUUGGGGAAUAUCAUGAAUCAGUCCCUUUAAUACCAACACCGAACAUUUAAAUUCGGUCAAUCUAGCCAUAGAACCUCAAAAUCGCGUGUUUCAGAGCGCCUCGAUAUUUGGCGUUGAGUUUCACUGUUAAUGCAAAAUAUAUUAGGCAUAUUAAAACUUCAUUGACAUAGAAACACAAUAAUUUAAAACAGUAUCUUAGACUAAGAACAAGCGAAAAUUUCGGUUAAUGAAUUCGACAAAAGAAAACAUGUAAUGUGUUUAAUUUGUUUUUUGCAUUAAAAUGUUUGGGGAGUUAUAAUUGAAUUAAGUUCUUCCGUGUGAUUGAUAUGCACUGAUAGAAAUGCCGUUCUUUGCUGUCUAUAGUAGAUUUAUACCUCAUACGUAACACCCGUAGAGAAAGGAAUCGGGAUCCUGGUUGGAGCUAAUCAAUAUCACAUUGUGUUUUUUUUUGUAGAAUGAACGAGGAAGGAGUUCCUGGAAGUUCUUAUCAAUGACUUUGUAACAGGAUUUUUUUUCGGAAGAUAUUCUAACAUACGGACGGUGCUCUCAGGAAGAAUGGUUGACGUUAGCAAUCUCACAACUUCCGGAGAUGUUUAUCCACAAAGUGUGUCAUCGGAAAUGAUUUUCACGAGGAAAAGAAUCUUGAAUUAUUCCUACUCCGCGGGAUAUGUGUCGCAUGGCAUGGCCUUAAAAUUUACCGGAAACGAAUCUCACUCGGAAAAUCUCGGGAGUGACUCUACUUCCCCGGAAACAAUUAUCGGACUUUCUUUACUGUUUUUUGUGAUAAGCGUGGUGGGAAUUUGCGGAAAUUCAUUUGUAGUGUGUGCAGUGAUAUGCAAUAAGAAAAUGAGAACAUCCAUGACAAAUUUGUUAAUUACAAACUUAGCCUUCGCAGACCUUCUCAUUAUGGUGUUUGGAAUUCCGGAAACCAUUCUUUUUAUGUUAGAACAGGGAUGGUUGUUUAACCGCACGGCGUGUAAAGUGAAUCGUUACGUCAUGGUGACGUCAUUAUAUGGUUCUGUGCUCACUUUGAUCGCGCUGUGUGUUGAGAGAUACGUGGCCAUCAUUCAUCCUAUCAAGGCCCACAUCGUGUGCAACAAGAGGAGAAUAGUAUUUGUGCUGGGCUGCAUCUGGCCGUGCGCCUGUCUGGCCGGCCUGCCCACCUUAAUAUUCAACGAGGUGAUUCAAGGCGACCCGAAUAUUCCCGUAGUAUAUUGCAUGAUAAUCUUCCCGGACGAUCACAUGUUCUAUUUUGUGUUAUUCAAAUACAUAGAAUCGGUUUUAUUUUACUUUCUACCACUUGUCAUACAGGUGACACUGUAUGUAUUCGUGACGAAACACUUGUUUGUUGGUUCCGAAAGACUCCACCGAAGGGUGACGAUCCGUUUAGUGAAUGGAUCGUCACUUGAGCGAUUUUCGGAAGCUCUACAGGCGAGAAGGGGCGUGGUAAAGAUGUUGAUUUCCAGCGUCGUUGUGUAUUUCCUGAGUUAUCUCCCCCACCAGGUUCUUCUCAUCUCCAACACUAUCUCGCCACAGACUUUUCAUCACAAUUUCGCUUAUCAGGUCUUCGUUAUGAUCAUCGCCAAUGUGAAUUCCGCUGCUAACCCGGUUCUUUAUUCAAUAUUUAGUCAGAAUUUUAGACAGUGUUUUAGAUUUAUUAUAUGUAGAUGUUGUAAAAAUAGCCACCAGCAGAUUAAACCUCGGCGACAACCGACCUUGACCUCUAAUACAUCACGUGUUUGGCGUCACGCAAGUUACGUAUCGGCAACAACGGAAAUGUAACCGCUUUUGUUUUUACUUCUGCUUGUAUUGUUCAUGCUUUUGUUAUUAUUAUUGCACUAGGUAUAACGUUAAAUAAAACAAGACAUUUAA